AUGGCCUGUCAGCAUCCUUAUCUGAAUCCGCGUCUCCCAUUUACGGGCUCUAUCCAAGGCGGCCUGUUUGAAGGAAAGACCAUCACUGUGGCAGGACGAGUCCUGGCAGGAGCAGAGAGGUUUUGUGUCAAUUUGAAAUGUGACACUAAGGCAUCGAGUGAUAUCGCUUUCCACUUCAACCCACGCUACUGCGGUAACUCGGGUCACGUGGUGUGUAACACUCUGCAGAGUUCCUGCUGGGGUUCAGAGCAACGGACCAACCACACCCCACUUCCCAGAGGCUUCGACUUCACCCUCACCAUCCUGGUCAACCGAGACUCCUAUUCGGUGGUCGUGAACGGAGCCCAUUUCCUGGAGUACUUGCACCGUCUCCCAGUCUCCCGCGUGCGUGCGAUAUCUGUAGACGGAGGUGUAGAGAUCAUGUCCAUCUCUUUCCAAAACCCAGCUACCUCGUGCGUGGCACAACCACAACACAUGGUGAAGCCUUCAUAUGCUUUCCCUGGUUUGUCUGCUAUGCCUCCUCCGUACAGUCCUCCACUUGCUUAUGUGCUGCCAUAUAAAACCAUUCUCCAGGGUGGACUUUACCCUGGCAGAGUCUUCACCGUGCAGGGCUGUGUCAACCACAACGCCGACAGGUUCUGCAUCAACCUGCGUGAUAACUCUGGCAUUGCGCUCCACUUCAACCCACGCUUCAACGAGAAUGUCGUGGUGCGCAACAGCCUGAAGAACGAGUGCUGGGGUCAUGAGGAGAGAAGCGGCGGUAUGCCCUUCUACAGAGGCCAGCAGUUCAUGGUGAGCAUCACAUGUGACACUCAGUGCUACAGGAUCGCGGUGAACGGCGCACACAUGUUCACCUACAACCACCGUCACUUCCUGCUUCAGCAGAUCGACAUCCUAGAGGUUGAUGGAAACAUCAGUGUCAGUUCCGUCACGGUUUAAGGGCUACUGGAGGUCAUGAGGAGGCUUUAAUGGAAGACGAUGCUGUCCUCUCGUACUCUUCAGUUUAUUUCAAAUUUAAUGUAAAAAGAUGGCACUGAAUUAAAGCCAGACAUAGCUAUUGUCUGAUGUUGGGGAUCUUCCUUUUUUUUUUGGAAACACUUUGGAAAAAUUUGACACUGCAUCAUGUUUUAUCUUAAUUUCUUCUUUCUAGUUCUUUUAUCCAUAUUUCUCAGAGCUUGUUAACAUCAUUAAACGCACAGUGGUGUGGAGGAGGUGAAACCUAAAGGGAAACGUCUGUGCAUCAACCAAACAAAAAAAAAAGUUUAAUUUUAGGUAAAAAAUUAUCCAGUUUAUUGAAUUUUCAUGGAAACAGUUUAAUCAAGAUUUACACCCAGUUCCACUUAAUGCAUGGUCCUAAUUGAGAGAAAGUAUCUCAGAAGUGACCUUUGACCCUGUGCCUUAAGAUAUUCAUCCAAAAGACCUGAAAGUGGUAAUGUGAUUCCACAAAAUCGAGUCGUACAUGAGCUGACAGCCGACGAGGCGCGUAGCACUGAGUUGGCUAUAAGCCACGAGGUUGAGUGGAAUAACUGUUUUAUUCUAUCCACAUUCACUGGAUUUUGAGAAACAGAGCAUUUUUAUUUUUUGCAACUUCCAUAAAUAAAAACUUUAUACAAAACAUCCAGUAAAAUAAUUUCCACUUAGAAUGUAAACAAACCGGCAAAAUGACGAGCAAUUUGUGAAAAAUGCCAUAAUAGUAAUUCUUGAAAAAUAAAAAAGAUACAUUCUUACCAUCAAAUACUUUCAUUCCAUAUUU